GGGGGCGGGAGGCUUUUUUUUUCUUCUGCUAAACUUUCUUUACCUUCUCAAAUAGUUUGGGCAAGUUUUAUUGCAAACUUCACAGAGACACGUUAGGAGGGGAGUGAGGAGCAAAAACAAGCCUCCAGCUGCUUGAGUCUGUCCCUGAGCGGCUGCAGGAGCCAGAUGCUGAACUGAAGCUGCAACAACUGCAAGGUUACACUCCUGAAAAUGAGCCAGUCGGUUCAAGUCAACCCAAAGAUGCCUGAUUUAGGCUCCAAGUUCCUUUACUCCAGCCAAGAAGAAGCUGACCAAUCUAGCUCCUAUUCUGUUCAGACUCCAUAUGGUUUCCAGCUUGACCUGGAUUUUCUCAAAUAUGUAGAGGAAAUAGAAAGUGGGCAUAACCUGCGUCGGGCCCCUGUCAGUUCCCGGCGUCCUGGACGUGGGCUUAAACUUUCACAGAGGAGUGCAAGUGUUGGGGGGCGCACCAGUGGAUGGACAUCCACAGAGUCACUCGCAUCACCUGCCAGUGAAGAUGGCAGAGCUCCUCCCCCUCCACCGCCACGUAACCGCCUUGGCUCAGCACCAUGUGAGGUACUCUCGCUUUCCCCCGUAACUCUUGCCAGCUUCCCUUCCAUUUCUGCCAAAGUACCACCGCCUCCACCACAACGCAACCCAAGAGUUGAACGAACUCUCCUGGAAACCAGCCGCCGGCUCCAGCAGGAACAGACUCACCAGCACCACAAUGGGGGUCGCCUCCAGCUUGCGGAACCUCCCAAACAGCUCACGCCUUCUCCAUCUACCCUGGUUGUGCAGAGCAGCUGGAUUAAACCCAGUCCUCAGACCUCUGGUCGCAGCACUCCUGCUGCUGGAGCAACGGUCACCCCAGUCCCACCCAGCCAACUGCAGACAGUCCGAGAGCAGAUGGCCAUAGCUUUGAAGCAGCUAAAGGAGAUGGAGGAAAGGGUAAAGGGGGUUCCUGCACUGGAGAAAGAGGUGGCUAAUCUUCGUGCAGAGAAAGAUAUGCUUCUGCUAGCACUAGAGGAAAAGAAAGCAGCUCCAGGGUUUGUCCAGGAGAGGCGACCGUCUGCUGAGUCCUCCACUCAAACCACAGAGACUCAGCAAAUGGACCAAAGUCAGUUGACUUCACCAACCACAACUGGACACAAAAGGUUUUCAAAACCCGGUGAGCUCAAAUGGCUGACAGAGAAGUUUGAGGUAAAGGAACAAAAAUCUCCCCAGAUAAUUUCUAAGUUAAAUCCAGCAGAAAAAGCAGUUGUUCAAAAGAAAACAGUGGCUGUUGGGGACGAUGUGCCAAUGUCCUCUAUUGUUUUCUACUACAGCCAUAAUGUAAUCGAUGCAACCGUGGGAACUGAAGUGACUGUGAGUGAGAAAUGCACAGGAACUGAUGCCCCUUUGGUUCAGGAGCAGGAGAUACAAGCCCAAGUAAAAACAGAAGAGGUGGCGGUUUGGGUCGUGGAAUCACUACUCGGGUUAAGCACUGAUGCACAGCGGGAGAUUGGCGCCCUGCAAGACACUGUUAAACUCCAGCAGGAGUCCAUCGCAGCUCUUGAAGAUCGGUUGAGUGUAGCCAACAAAGACCUGGGGGUCCUCAGAGCCCAGAUGGUCGAAAAAACCUCCAAAGUCACAUUUGACAAAGGAGUUCUUGUCACACCAGACGUGAAAAACGUCCAGUUGGAGACGUUGACAUCUGCGUUAAAGCAUGCUGCAAUUCAGUGUCGCCCAGAAGUGACGGAUAUAUGUGUAGGGAAAGAGACGGAUCAGGGGGAACAGGCCAUCCAGACCGAUGCAAUGACAGCUCCAGAGCCAGCUCCUGUUGAACAGGUCAGCAUUGGGUGCCAGUGGGAGAACAUGACUGAAGAUAAAGCUGAGGAGCAGAAAUUAACAAAGAAGAGACAGCUGACCAUCAAUGAAUACAAAGUCUCAGCUGAAGAAGAGAUCGUUGGUGUUGUUAAGAAUAAAGAGGAAGGUUCCAGUGAAGAAACUUCCGCCUCCGAGAGUAAGACAGGGAUGCUAAAGUCAAUCAUGAAGAGGAAGGAUGGGAGUACAUCUAGCGACAGCAACUCAGCUGGCAAGAAGAGUCUGCAGUUUGUUGGUAUCCUAAAUGGCGGGUAUGAAUCUACCUCCAGUGAGGAGGAGGAGGAGGAGGAGGAAGAUGGGAGCUCUUCUGGAGAAAGUGGAGAGGGCGAGUUAUUGGAUAGCACAGAGGAGGACGAGGCACCUCUGGAGGAAGAAACGUCUGAAGAGGAGAGGAACGUAAACUUGGAUGAGAGUGACACCGAUGAAGAAAUGCUGCAAACAGCAAAUUAUUCCCCUGAUGCUGUGAAAGAAAAGUUUGAGUUUAGCUCAAAAAUGCGAGAAGCCUGCCUCAUUCUGAAGAACCAUUUGAACGAUGACGUCAAAACACUGAAGAGUAAGGAAGUGCUGUCCAGCACGCACACUGUCCAGCUGGAGUGGUUCAGGAUCUCCAGUGCAAAGACGGCUCAGCCAUCGCGCGUCUCUGACUACCUGAUGGCGUUCUCUGAAGUGUCGUCGGCUCUGCUGGAGCAUGUGGUCAACAUGACUGAUGGCAACGGCAACACAGCUCUUCAUUACAGCGUCUCCCACUCCAACUUUCAUGUUGUCCGAUUGCUGCUGGACACAGGUGUGUGCUGCGUGGAUAAGCAGAACAAGGCGGGCUACACAGCCAUCAUGCUUGCUGCACUCUCAACUGUGAAGGAGGAGGAAGAUAUGGCGGUGGUCAGGAAGCUCUUCAGUCAAGGCAACGUCAACGCCAAAGCUAGUCAGGCGGGUCAGACGGCGCUGAUGUUAGCAGUAAGCCAUGGGCGGCAGGAGAUGGUGCGAGCUUUACUGGAGUGCGGCGCCGAUGUCAACGUGCAAGACGACGAGGGAUCCACGGCUCUGAUGUGUGCCAGCGAGCAUGGCCGUGCUGAAAUAGUCAAAUUACUCCUGGAGCAGCCUGGGUGUGACAUCUCCAUCGUGGAUAAUGAUGGCAGUAAUGCUCUGUCCAUUGCUUUGGAGGCAGCUCACAAUGACACAGCUGUGCUCCUUUAUGCCCACAUGAACUAUGCCAAGGCCCCGUCCGUCGCGGGGAGUCCAAAGAGCCAGGCAAGGAGCCCAACCAGCCCCCACAAGUCCUGGCCUGCAGAAUAACCCAACCUGUGCUGCUCUCUGGGGCAGACAGAGCGGCUGAUUUAACUGGAUAUGGGCUGUUCAAAGCUUCACUGGAACUUAUAGAAGCACAUAUGUAUUUAUAUAUAUAUUGUCAUAUAUUGUUCUGCAUUUAAAGGUAUUGUUAAUAUGAGAAUAUUAUUUUUCCAUAUGGUUUUGAAUGGUGAUAUGAUAUGCCUACCUUUUAGUGUCAAGACAUCAUCUUUUGUGACAAGUAUCUAGAAGUGUACCCUUAUUAUUUGCACACAUGUAAAUUAACAUUUAGGUGUUAAUGGGGAGACUAUAAAGAUUUAUCAGAUUAGAGUCAUUUAUUUAGCUGCUGAAAUAAGUCAAUGAUGCAGAAAAAAGAAAAACCCCUGUCACUUUUCUCAACACUGGCUUAAGCCACAUGAAAAAUGAAGCACACUUUCUUUUUUUCUGAUGCUCCACAGUUAAAAACAAACUUGUCCUUUAAGGUUUGUAAAAUCUAGUGAUAUCAAGGUAAACAGAAAACAACGAACACUGUGUACUUCCACUAAAAAUGGUUGACAGCAUGUGCUGCUGUUCUGUUUAAAACCAAUUGGGACCAAAUAUAUUUUUAUAUGUUAGGUUUUAAAACCCUGGAAAAGAAAAUAUUUUUUUCUCCUUUACCCUUUAUUGUUGGUAUGAAAAUGUUAUUAUCAAUGCUGUUACAUCAACUAAUCUGACUUAUAUUUUUGUACAUUUGAUCAUUCAUAUCAAAUUUUAUAAUCGUUGAUUCUAUGAUUUUUCAUGUGGAACACAUAAACAUAAAACGUCGGUAUUUCCUUUAUUCAUAAUUGAAGGUUAAAAGAAACUUUGUUUUCAGUUAUAUUAAUGAGCUGAAUUUAAGUAACUCAAUGACGGUUUCUAAAUUUUAUUGGUCUUUUUUUCCUUUUUACUUAAUGUUAUGACAAAUUUUACACAAUUAAAUCAAAACAGAAUAUUUUUUUUAUGAAAUAUGCUAUUUAGUAUUCCCUUCCUGCCUCUUAACAAAAGAUGAAAAUUAAAUAGAUGCAUCAUUUACUAAUUAUUUCUAAAGAUCUGAGUUGAGAUUUCAUCAAAGAUUUGUUACCAAAAUAAGAGCAAAAACACAUUUGUCACGUUUACUCAUUUAUGUGUUCAGUCUGAAUAAAAAAUGACAAUCUCCAAACACAAGUUAAAAAAGUGCAAUAUUAUCUUUUUGUUUUUUUUUAAGUUUACUUUUAAAACUGUCAUGAAUUGCUCCUGUAUGUUUUCAAUGAUGCUGUUUGUAGUUUUUUUUUUUAGCUCCAGGUUCCACAGGUCAGAUACUAACGUUUAUCACAUUCUAAGUCAGACCAUAGUGAGUUCUUUUAGCGUCUGUAUUUUUAGACUUGCUAAAGUGUACCAGAGUGGGUUUAUAUUUAUACUAAACUAUGUCGGAUAGAGUAACAGAGCAAAUAUGUCCAAAAAAACAUUGGGGGGGGGGAAAUAAAAAUUGGGGGAAAAAAGCCAGGGGGAAAAAGUGUGUUCCUGCCCAAUUUCUGUUCCCAAUGAAUAAUGCAUUUUGAUUUCUUUAUUUAUGUUCAAGAGUUUAUAAAAA